AGAAAAACGGCUCUGGUCCACUUCAGUUUCACUUUCUCUUGACUGGGAAAGGGCCCAUUUUGUCGUGCUAAAGGGUAACCGAGAAGACACACGGAACAAGAAUAAAUAACUAAGCUGUCCUCUGUUUUUAUUCCCCUCCGAUAAAAUGAGCGUUUUGCUAAGGGAAAUACAAGCCUACGAUCCAAGCGCAGCGAGGACACUCCUAGGAGCAGAUUUCUGCACAGACUCAGAGAUCCAGACUCUAUCAAGAGAAGACCUGCAUGAGCUUUUUCCUGGAUCCAAGCAGCUAAAGUUGAGGAGGAAGAUUUUUGAAAUAAUCAACAAACAGAAACCAAUUGAGAAGCUCCUGAAAGAUCUUAGAGGUUUCCUCCCAGAUGAUUCCAUAAAGGAUGCUCUAAGCAGCAAUGGGGUGUUGGUUGACUACCUCCAUCUCCUGAAGGACAUGAAAGUUCAACUGAACAAUGUGCAGAGUUUCCUUGAUGCACACAUUCGUUUACUGGAGGACAUCAAAGCUCAGCCACAGCAAAGACAUGAUGCAGGUUCUGCUGCUGAGGCGCUGGCUGGUCCAACUAGUUUCUCUUUUGCACCACAUGACACCACAUCACAAAAACCUCAAGUGACUGUGAACUACAACCUGGUGAUCAGUGGUCAAACAUUUGAUGCCCAUCGUCAGAUUCUGAGCCAAGUUAAGAGCUCAGCACUGCAGCUGAACUUGGUGGAGAGCCAGAGGAGUGACGAUUGCCAGAUCGUGUUGGUCUUCUGUCCAAUUGCUUCACGUAUGGGAACAGAUGUGGAAGCAGCCAUGACAAUGGUUACAGGUACUAAACCUGUCAUUCUGAUCUUGAUGCAUCAUGCUCAUGAACCAAAACAUGUUGGCAGAAUGGAAACCUGGGACUACAAUCCUAAGAUUGUGCAGCAUUUCAGUGUUUUCUAUCACGAGAGUGUAAAUGGAUUAAUAAAAUGCAAGGAAAAUAAUGAUGCCAUCUCUGGAAUAAGGCAGGAAUUAUUAAAACACGGAGUACUUACAGAGACAAGGGACUAUUCUGUUAGUCAGAAAAAAAGCUUUCUUGGCUUGUUUUAUUCAUAGCUUGCAAAGGCUGUGCUGAUUGGGACAAUUAUAACAACUAGUAGUGUGAAAUAGUUGGCAAGAAAAGUGAAAGAUUCAGAUCUACAUGUUAAAAGUGGGUGGUUAAUCUGUUUAAAGUUAAAUAAUUUUUAACAUUUAUAGUUAAUUCCUACAUACUUUUUGUCUAAAAUAAUAUAAUAAAUUGUUAGACUGCAUUGGUGAGAGGUAAGAAAACCACAUUACUGUUUUGUGCAAAUACUUUCUGACAUAGUUGUGGCUUUAAACAGUGAUUGUAAUUCAACAAAUAAACCACAUGUUUCAGAA